AGGUUUUAGAGAUUAGUCUCCAUUUCAAUUUCCAUUUCCAUUUCCAUUUUCAAUUUCUGGGGAUAGCUGUAGAAGGGGUCUCACUCACUGUACUUUCCAGCAAAUUUCUUCUUCGAUACUACCAUAAUCCAAUCCUUUGUCAUCUUCCAUCACUUGGGUCAAAUUCACAGCCAUUAAUUUCUCAUCCACUUUCCUUUCACUCUUCAAAAACGUCUUCUUCCUUUUCCUUGGAAGAAUAGAUACAUAUAUGUAUCCUUUUCUCUCUAUAAAGUGCAUCUGAUCCAAUUUUCUCUCUUUCCCCUUCGAGGAAGAAGAAGAAGAAGAAGAGGAAGAGGGUUUAUCGUCAAGGUCUGGACCAGGAGAUUUUAUGUCGGCAAGUUUUGAUUUGGUUGCUGUGUUUGGGUCUCCAUCCUCGAACCUCUGUUUCUCCUCUUCUUCUUCGCUCUUCUCUGCUCGCUGCAUGCGCGAAUCCCUCUGCUGUUCACCUCAGCAGAGCGCUCUCUCUCUUGCCCCAACCGUUUCGAUGCGUUUGAGGCCCAAAAGGACUAGUUCUGGAGUUGAGUGUUUUGGGGGUUAUCACAUAAACCGGUUCAAUCUCUUCUUGUUCUUGCGAGGGCCUCUCAUCACUUAACAAUCUCUUUAAUUAACCCCCUUUUAAAAAGUUUUGUUAACCGAUUUUCUGUUUUUGAGUUUUUAAUUUUGAGGGGGGCAAGGUUUUGGUAGGUGUUUAUCAGAGAAAAAAUGGCAGAGCCGCGAAAAUCAAUUUCUUCAAACCGUGAAAACCUAACUAGAAAGCCGAGAGUCAAGCCUCCUCCCUUCAAACCUAUGCGCCGGGUUCGAAUCGUCUGCAACGACCCUUACGCCACCGAUUCCUCCGACGACGAGGCGGUGGUGAAGCGGGUCAAGCGCAUUGUCCGGGAAGUCUGCUUCCCCGUAGACGGCUCUGCUUCGAAAACCCCUGAUUUGGAGAGCUCUUCGAUUCAGGAGAGUAGCAGCAGCGAGAGGAAGUUGAGCUCUACUCUGGGGAAAUACAGAGGCGUGCGCCAGCGCAAAUGGGGGAAAUGGGCGGCCGAGAUCCGCGAUCCGGUGAAGCAGAAGAGGGUGUGGCUUGGCACCUACAACACCGCGGAGGAGGCGUCCGAUGCGUAUGAGCGCAAGCGGUUGGAAUUCGAUGCGCUGACCGGUAAUGCCGAUGGCAAGACUGUUUUCACUAUGGUUGUUGCUACUGAUCAGCAGCUGACUGAUGCUGUCUCCGCCUCCGAGGAUUCCAGUGGGAGCAUCGUCUCGCUGACCUCACACGCGUCGCAAAACUCCUCUAGCUCAGACUUGGCAACGGAGGCGGGCAAGUUUGAGGAUGCCCUCGAUGAGGUGAUGGACGACGAGCUGGCCGCGUUGGCGAAGAUUGGGGAGGAGAUUGAGCUCGAAUUCGAGCUUGACUCGCUUAUGAUGGCGGACGACCCGUUGGAUGAUAUUGUGUUUGGUCUGAAUGAUCUCCCGAUAUGCGGAUUUGGUGCUGGAGAUCGGGCUGGGGCGUUGCCGGAUUUCAGCUUCGACUUUAACUGUGUGGAGGCGGUGUCGUGGAUGGACGAGGCAGCAGUUCCGGUGAUGGGCGGAGCAGCGGCGCCCCUCAAUAUAGCAUGCCCAUAAGUUUUGCAGCUAGUAAUAGUAUUAUUAUUGUUGUUAGUUAUAUUAAUAUUAUAGCAGAGGCGUUUAAGUUUAUUCUGAAAAUGAGUUUUUUUUUUGAGGAUUUUGUGAGGUUGAAGUUGAGCCCUUUGGGUUUUGUUGUAGCCGUCCAAAGGCAUUGAGAUUGAGUUGUGUGUGUUGAAUUUCUACUACUAUGUCUCGCUUUUUGAUCUAAAUUUGAGGUGUAAUGAAACUUGAUAUGUUGUUAUGA